CUCCUUUCCGGGGGAAGGGCCCCGAGAAGCCGGGGGAGGGCUCCGGGAAGCCGGGGGAAGGGCCCUGAGCCGUCGGCCCUGUGAGGGCUUCCCCGCCGCCGGCCGCGACAUGGCCGCCCCCUGCUUUCUGGGCUGGGAUUUCAGCACGCAGCAGCUGAAAGUCAUUGCCAUUGAUGAACAUCUGAGAGUCAUUUAUGAGGAUAAUGUUCAUUUUGAUAAAGACCUUCCAGAAUUUAAACUUUGGAUGUGGCUGUUUCUUUCUGGGACACAGAAGACUCAAGGUGGAGCCUAUGUUCACAGUGACAGGCUGACAGUCACUUCUCCUGUGCUAAUGUGGGUCAAGGCUCUGGAUAUGAUUUUAGAAAAGAUGAAAUCUUCGGGCUUUAACUUCUCUCAAGUCAGAGCUUUGUCUGGUGCUGGCCAGCAACAUGGGAGUGUGUAUUGGAAGAAAGGAAGCAUCCAGACUUUAAAGAAUGCAUCACCCGAACUGCCUUUACAUCAGUUACUAAAGGCUUGUUUUGCUGUCAGUAACAGCCCCAUCUGGAUGGAUUCGAGCACAACUUCCCAGUGCAGCAAUCUGGAGAAGGCUGUGGGAGGAGCACAGCGCCUAGCGGCUAUCACUGGAUCUCGAGCCUAUGAGCGUUUUACAGGAAACCAGAUAGCAAAGAUUUACAGCCAGAAUCCUGAGGUCUACGCGCAAACUGAGAGAAUCUCUUUGGUUAGUAGUUUCGCAGCUUCCCUUUUCCUCGGAGCUUAUGCACCCAUCGAUUACAGUGAUGGUUCUGGUAUGAAUCUGCUGCAGAUCUGGGAAAAGGUAUGGUCAGCAUCUUGCCUUGAUGCUUGUGCACCAGGAUUAGAAGAGAAAUUGGGAAGCCCUGUGCCAUCCCAUUCAGUCCUGGGGUCCAUUUCUCCAUAUUAUAUUCAGCGUUAUGGGUUUAGCCCAGACUGUAAAGUAGUAGCCUUUACAGGAGACAACCCAGCAUCACUGGCAGGGAUGAGACUUCAAGAAGGAGAUAUUGCAAUUAGCCUUGGCACAAGUGACACAUUGUUUCUGUGGAUCCAGGAACCGACUCCUGCCUUAGAAGGGCAUAUCCUCUGCAAUCCUGUUGAUUCGCAAACAUUUAUGGCACUUCUAUGUUUUAAGAAUGGCUCUCUGAUGAGAGAGAGGAUCAGAGAUGGCUGUGCUUCAGGCUCCUGGGAUGAAUUCUCCAAAGCCUUAUCAUCAACUGUUGCUGGAAACAAUGGAAACUUGGGUUUCUACUUUGAUGUGAUGGAAAUUACUCCUGAAGCAGUUGGGAUUCACAGAUUCAACAGUGACAACCAAAAGGUUUCAGACUUUCCAAAGGAGGUGGAAAUACGAGCCUUGAUUGAAGGGCAGUUCAUGGCCAAGAGGAUUCAUGCUGAAAAGCUGGGAUAUAAAGUCAGGACACUGAAGUCAGCUUGAAGGCACAAGUCAGCCCUACCUGGCCUAUCAGUUACUAUGCCAGUGAAAGAAGAUGCAGUAUCUACUGACAGAACCCCAAAACUUUUGGAAAGUUGUGUAGCAGCAGCCCUGAGGCAGAGAGCUGGCACGGAGGUGGAAGUACCAGAAGCAGCUGAGCUAAGAUUUGUUCGCAGUUUUCACAGUGGUGGUCACUGCCUGACUUUACCACCAGUGGCUUAUGCACCAUCUUUUCCAGAUGGGGAUAUCCUAGCAUUUUACAAAGCCCCUUUCCAGAGGCAGGGGUAGUAAGCAUGCCUCAUUCAUUUGGUUUGUUUAGUCACUGAGAAGUGUAGCAAACAUUUAUUUCUAAUUCUGUCUUGCUGGCUGUCUUUGAAGUGUGGUUUCCUGCUGGAUAUGGUACUUUGGCAAGAAUUUAUAUUCACAACAAGGUUUUAGCAAGACAGAAUUUCAACUACUAGGCAAAUCAUUCAGAGUUCAGCUUGGUCUCUAGGAACAGAGGCUUACCAGUUAUUUUUCACCGGUUUCUGUGCUAUUAUGUUGUUGUGAUAAUCUUGGCAGGGAUCUGUCACUAUGUGUUGGUAUAAUUGAAACUUGUUUUCCCCGAGGAAUCGCUCUGCUGUUUGUUUUAUUUGUUUACUGACAUUGACAGAGAUCCUAAUGGCUUUUAAAACCCAAUUUGUGCAUCUCCGAAUAUCCUCCAAAGAGGAAAAUAAAAUUAAAUUUAUCAGCAAAAUAGGGUCCUCCAUGCUUUAGCUGGGUCUUAGACUCCUCCUGAGAAUGUAGUAGUGGGUCAAGAAAUGGCAUGAGGAACCUUUGUGAGCUCCAUCUUCUUUGUUUCUGGUUUUGUCUUCAGAGACCUUGUCAUUAAGGUACUUGAAAAGAUAAAUGACAACAAGUCGUUUAGAGCCUCAGUAAAAGUUGACCAAAUUUUCUUUCUAUGAAAUAAAUUAUCUCUAGCUUGUAUUAAAAAUGAGGUUAAAAUAACAUAAUAAUAUCACACUAAAAUUCCCCUUUCAGGAGGAUGGUGUUAUUAUUGUCAUAGACGAGGAUAAUUAAGCAUGUCUUUUUUAAAAUAUAAAAUAUUGAAGUAUUUACGCAUUUAUUUAGUGUUAAGCCUUUAAAGAAUUUCAGUGAAAUAUUUGGACUACUGAUGCUUACAACACCUUGCUGAAUUGUGGAUGUGAACGGACGUAUGGCUUGUUGCAUGUUGUGCUCCAGAGGAGCAUGCACACA